GAUCACUGAGCUCAUCGCUGCGUCCAGUGAAGUUAAACCCUGUGAUCUGAUCAAUACUAUCAGAUAUUCCUGAUCACUGAGCUCAUCGCUGCGCUGCGUCCAGUGAAGUUAAACCCUGUGAUCUGAUCAAUACUAUCAGAUAUUCCUGAUCACUGAGCUCAUCGCUGCGUCCAGUGAAGUUAAACCCUGUGAGCUGAUCAAUACUAUCAGAUAUUCCUGAUCACUGAGCUCAUCGCUGCGUCCAGUGAAGUUAAACCCUGUGAUCUGAUCAAUACUAUCAGAUAUUCCUGAUCACUGAGCUCAUCGCUGCGCUGCGUCCAGUGAAGUUAAACCCUGUGAUCUGAUCAAUACUAUCAGAUAUUCCUGAUCACUGAGCUCAUCGCUGCGUUCAGUGAAGUUAAACCCUGUGAUCUGAUCAAUACUAUCAGAUAUUCCUGAUCACUGAGCUCAUCGCUGCGCUGCGUCCAGUGAAGUUAAACCCUGUGAUCUGAUCAAUACUAUCAGAUAUUCCUGAUCACUGAGCUCAUCGCUGCGCUGCGUCCAGUGAAGUUAAACCCUGUGAUCUGAUCAAUACUAUCAGAUAUUCCUGAUCACUGAGCUCAUCGCUGCGCUGCGUCCAGUGAAGUUAAACCCUGUGAUCUGAUCAAUACUAUCAGAUAUUCCUGAUCACUGAGCUCAUCGCUGCGCUGCGUCCAGUGAAGUUAAACCCUGUGAUCUGAUCAAUACUAUCAGAUAUUCCUGAUCACUGAGCUCAUCGCUGCGCUGCGUCGUAUUUAACGCUCAGUGUCCUCAUCAGGUUCCUGAAUAAACUCUGAGUGGAGAACAGCGUUUCAGCAGCAGCUGAUCUCACUGCAUAUUUCACACUCCACUGACUCUCUGACUCGCCCUUGGUCUCUGACUCACAGUCCAGCAGAGGAGUUGGAGAUGUUCAGAGCAUUUUUCCAACCCAAAGUGAAUUACUCAGACAUUGUGGUGGGAAAUGCACUGAAGUCUGAUCAGGACUUCGUAAGUCGUCUGCGUGAGACGUCCCCCGGUCUGGUGAGGACGUCAGUGGAGGACAGUGACGUUAUUCUGGUUUUCUGUCUGAUUGUUUCUCGAGCUGGAACUGAUAUUGAAGCAGCGCUGCUGAGACUUGAAGCUGCAUCAGGCUCCAAGCCUGUGGUUCUAGUGGUUCUCCAUCACACAUAUGACCCAGACUACACUGUUCCAGACAGCAGCAGAGCAGUACCCAGACAGAGAACUCUGACUGUGGACUGUCUGCUCCACGUGGACAGAGGACUCCUGAGAAGCUGGAGGAACCAGGCAGCUCUGGAUAAAGUCACAGACUGGAUAAACCAGAUAAAAGACCUAAAGCCCAAAGCCUCACAGCAAUCUACCAAAGACCGGCAGAUCCAGGAACUGACAGAACAGGUGAAGAGGCUGAAGCGAGAUCUGAAAAAACAACAAGACGCCUACAGACGGCAGGAAGAGGAGGAGAAUAAAGUGCUAGAAGGGAUGAGAGAAGCUCUGAAGAAAGAAGCUCUAAAGAACAAAGCUCUGAAGAACAAAGCUCUGAUGAAUGAAGCUCUGAUGAAUGAAGCUCUGGAGAACAAAGCUCUGAAGAAUGAAGGUCUCUGUGUUGUCUCAAGUCUAAGGAUGCUGUGGAUGGGUUUGGGGAAACCUGGAUCUGGGAAAAAUGAAGCUGGAAACCCCAGUAAGGAGAGCCAGCCUGGACCAUCAGCACCACAGCAGAAAGGAACUGGGACAGACGCCUUCGACUGGUCUAAAAUUCAAAGGACUGAACUCAGAGAGCGACACCUACUUAAAGAAGACAUUCCUGAACAUCAAAGACAAAAACAUCUGCAAGAAACCAGGAGGGACUACCAGGAGCAGGUGGAGGAGAUCAGGAGGGUUUAUGGAGCACAGACAGAUCAGAUCAUGAUCGUCCUCCCAGAUCUAGAACAGGUCAUUUGGGUUCCAAAGCCCAAAAUACAGAAAAUGCUGAGCAGAAAAGACGCAAAGAUAAAUGAGGAGCAAACUGCAGAGACGGAUUCAAGUUCUGAGAACCAGCCAGUGCAGGACGCUGGAAAGUCAGAUGGUCAGAGCACUGGACAGUCAGAUGGUCAGAGCACUGGACAGUCAGAUGGUCAGAAAAAGGUGCAGUCAGAUGGUCAGAGCACUGCAUAGUCAGAUGGUCAGAGCACUGGACAGUCAGAUGGUCAGAAACAGGUGCAGUCAGAUGGUCAGAGCACUGCACAGUCAGAUGGUAAGAGCACUGGACAGUCAGAUGGUCAGAAAAGGGUGCAGUCAGAUGGUCAGAGCACUGGACAGUCAGAUGGUCAGAAAAAGGUGCAGUCAGAUGGUCAGAGCACUGCACAGUCAGAUGGUCAGAGCACUGGACAGUCAGAUGGUCACAAUAUGCAAUCAGAUGGUGAGAGCACUGGACAGUCAGAUGGUCAGAGCACUGGACAGUCAGAUGGUCAGAGCACUGGACAGUCAGAUGGUCAGAAAAAGGUGCAGUCAGAUGGUCAGAGCACUGCACAGUCAGAUGGUCAGAGCACUGGACAGUCAGAUGGUCA